UAACAAAGCAUCUAAAUCCCUUAAUCAUCACCAAAACUUCACCAGAAAGUCCAAAGGCCUUUUCCUUUCCUCUCCAUUUUUUUAGCUGGUCGACACCGGCAACAAUGUCCACCACCGUCGUCGAUAACCGACCACACGUUCUGGUAUUUCCAUACCCAGCACAAGGCCACUCUCUCGUCCUUCUCGAUCUGACCCACCAACUCUCUCUCCGCAAUAUAGUCAUAACCAUCUUGGUCACUCCCAAGAACCUCCCAGCUCUCGACCCACUUCUCGCGGCACACCAAACCAUCAAAACCUUAGUCCUUCCCAUGCCUCCCCACCCGAAACUACCUCCGGGGAUCGAGAACCUUCGUGACAUUGGCAUAAGCAAGAACAUGGCCAUGGUCAAAGCCAUGUCCAAGCUCCACAAUCCCAUUAUCCAAUGGUUCGAGUCCCAUCCUAACCCUCCUGUUGCCAUCAUCUCCGACGUCUUCCUCGGUUGGACUCAGACACUCGCCGACCAGAUUAACGUCCGCAGAAUCUGUUUCUUCCCCAACCGUGUCGCCGUAGCCUCUGUGUUCGACUACUGCUGGCGUAAUAUAGACGCGGUCAGUGCUUCAAAAGUCGUGGAUUUUCACGAUCAGCUUCCUGAUUCGCCUUCCUUCAAGCACGAGCAUCUACCUAACAUAAUCCGAAGAUACGAUGGAUCGGAUCCUGAGUGGUUGAAUGUUAGAGAUAUAUUGGUUGCGAAUAGUUCUAGUUGGGGUAUCGUUUUCAAUACCUUCGAGGCGCUGGAAGGUCGAUUCUUAGAUCACCUGAGAAAGAAAAUGGGACACCACCGAAUCUACGGUGUUGGUCCUUUGAACUUGUUAAGCAUACCGGAAAGUUCGGACCGCGGCAAACCCGAUAAGGAUUUCCACGCCGCCGCUGGCGGCGUCGAUGUUUUGGGUUGGCUCGAAGGGUGUGCUGAUGACUCAGUGCUUUACGUUUGCUUCGGGAGUCAGAAAUUCUUAAAGAGAGAACAAAUGAAGGCUUUGGCUUCGGGGCUCGAACAGAGCAAGACUAAGUUUAUAUGGGUUGUGAAAACGGGUACUACAGAAAUAGAAAUGGAACAAGGAUACGGUGUCGUUCCAAACGGGUUCGAAGAGAGAAUCCAAGGGAGAGGACUGGUGGUGAGGACAUGGGUUCCGCAGCUGAUGAUACUGAAUCACCGAGCGGUUUGGGGGUUUCUGAGUUAUUCGGGUUGGAACUCGUUAAUGGAAGGGAUAACAGCCGGAGUGAUGCUGCUGAUAUGGCCAAUGGAGGCUGAUCAUUAUAUAAAUGCCAAGCUUCUGGAGGAGGAAAUGGGAGUGGCGAUCAAGGUUUGUGAAGGCGAUGAUGGAGUUCCUGACUCGGCCGAGUUGGGAAAGGUGAUUGAUGAAUCGAUGAGAAAUGUGGAUGGUCCACAAAGAGUGAAAGUCAAAGAGCUGAGGGACAAGACUUUUCAAGCGGUGAGUGAUGGUGGGCCCUCACGCAAGGACUUGGAUGAGCUUGUCAAAGAAUUGCGACUGCUUUAACAAAUUAAAGUUUAAAGUGAAACUUGUCUUCUAUCAGCAUUUUCUUAAGCAAAAGUGCAACGGGCAAACAAAAUUGAAAUUUUGUAUUUACCGUAUUAUAUUUGAUUUUUAUUGUAUUUUUCAUCAUAAUAUUGUGGUAAUAGUAUAUAUGGUGUACUUGAUGUUCUAGCAUAUUUUAUAAUAAUAUGGGAAUCAAUAAAAUUAUUG